AUGUCAUUAGGCAAUUCCCGUGUUACCCCGUCUCGCAGGAUAUGGAACACUGACGACUGGAUGGAUUAUGUGCUGUCGAUGGAGAAGGUUGGAACAGCUGUGUUCAAGGACGACACUCUUCGGCGAAGAGGCGGGCAAAGGCGAAAAAACAAUAAUAUCAGUCUGCUGAUUAAAACCUUUUCCUUCGCGUCUGAUGCAUUAAUCGCCAUGUCUUGGUACAUCGAGGAGCAGCAGCCAGUUUACCUAGACUAUAAUGCUACCACUCCACUUGAGGCAUCAGUGAAAGCAGCUAUCACGGCCGGGUUAGAGCUGUGGACAAACCCAACGAGCGGCAACCCCAUAGCACUGAAGGCAAGGGAAGAGAUUGACAGUGCGAGGAAGUCGCUGGGUAACCUGUUACAUGUGAAUGGGGAGGAAGUGAUAUUCACGUCUGGAGGAACAGAGGCCAAUAACUGGGUAAUAAAUUCGGCUCUGGAAAAGUUCAAGUCCGAGUACCAGGGCCAGACGCCGCACAUGAUUUGCUCUUCUAUUGAGCAUCCUUCGAUCCUCCAGCCGCUGCGGCACCUACGAGAUAUUGGCAGCAUAGAACUUACCACGCUUGAAAUAGACCGAAAAAGUGGUCAGAUAACCCCAUCCGAUGUGCUUGAGCUGGUCACACCAUCGACUUGUCUCGUAACUGUUAUGUUGGCUAACAACGAAACAGGAGUACUACAGCCCAUUGCCGAUCUUAGUGACGCGGUCCGAAAGGCAGAAAGCAAACACGGUACAACAGUUUUUCUUCAUUCCGAUGCUUCACAGGCGGUCGGCAAGAUUGAUGUAAAUAUAGCAGAGCUUAAAGUGGAUGCGGUAACGGUAGUCGGGCACAAGUUUUACGGUCCUCGAAAUGGUGCAUUAGUUCUGCGAUCAAAGUAUACUUCUCAGAUUCUUCCGUGGAUAUAUGGAGGCGGACAAGAAAGGGGCCUUAGAUCUGGCACUGAGAACACACCGAUGAUAAUGGGUCUUGGUGCAGCUGCGGCUGCGUGUAAUCUGUCACAAACAGAAGCACAUCUCCGCACAAUAAGAGAUUAUUUCGAGCAACAACUUAAGGAAUGCCUGCCAGAUCAGCAUGUCGUUCACUUCUCCGCAUCGCCUAGGUUGCCUAACACUAGCUCGGUUGCUUUUCCGAAAUAUCCAAAGCCAUCUGCAGAUCUCAUUGCCAAGUGCAAAACAUUCUAUGCAAGUACCGGAUCCGCCUGCCAUUCAGGUGCAGUCAGUUCGACGCUUCUUGCAUGUGGAAUUAGCAAAGAACUGGUGGAAAGAACGAUACGAUUCAGUUUUGGAAGAGAAACCACACGUGAAGAUGUGGAUCGAGUGGUAAAAGAGCUAAAGGCAAUGAUGUUUCUGGCAAAACACGGCAGUUCUCUGAUGAACGUGAUAAACGCGGGCCCCGUGGCUGGAUUCUGA